AUGGCUGCUGCGGACGCCAAGCCGACCAACGUAUACAUCCAUCGACAGGCAGGGACGCCCAAAUCCUGCUUUGUCUGCUACAAGAGCUCACCGCACGUGCUCGUCUCGCAGUCAAUACCUACCCUCGACUUUCUCUACGUCUGCCAUGCACACCUCGCCGAUCGCCAUUUUGCGACCAAGCUCUCGGACCCCGCUUCCUCGCCUUCAGCAGCGACGUCAGGUGAGCGACUGCCUGACAAAGUGAGUCAGGACGAGAUCGCAAAGAUCAAGGCGGAGUAUGAAGCCAAGCAAAAGGCAAAGGAGGCCGCGAAGGAUAGCGACAAGGAUAAGCAGGCUAGCAAGCCUUUCACCGCUAUGGGAGUAGCAGGCAGUGUUUUCUCCACCGUCACGUCCACCGUCUCUGGCCUCGCAUCCUCUGCCAUCAGUUCCAUACCCGGAGAGGCACCAGCUUCGACGGCAGCCGCAACAACACCAAGUCCUGCAGCAGCGGAGACACUCGCCAAACAGCAUCCGCUGCAUGCAAAGUACGCCCUGCAUCGGGAGUUCUAUGCAGCUAGAGUACGCGAAUGGAACAACAAGAUGGUCAAGAAAAAGGAGAAGGAGCUCAACAUGCCACCCGCUCCGAGAAACGCUCUGUCUUGA